CAACAGCGGCGCUCGAUGCCGGCCUCAGGGCGUCCCCUACCCUUCCGGGAUUAGCAACGUAGACUUUUGUUAACAACGCUGGAUUGUUUGUAACUUUAAAACGAAGAAUAAAAAGUUUAAAGCCACCUAAGAAGCUAGAACCCAGGAUCAAUUUACAAGAACCCUUUUUUGUUACUUAAAAAAGAAUCAAGAAAUACUUAUCGAACUGGAGCAUUACUGGUAUUUGCAUUUUUAAAUGUUGACUGGACUAUUGCUCCUUUGUUCCAGCUAUGAAUGAAAAUACAGAGUCAACUCUUGACCCCAACAAAGAUGACCUUCCUCUCAUGGCCAAUACUAGUUUUAUGCUGGUCAGACAUUACGUGUUAGAUCUUGCAGUUAAUUUCGACAGGGAAGUCAUCAACGGUACCAUUGUCCUUUUCCUCGAAACCAGCAAAGUGUACAACAAACCAGCCAAUGCCGAGGGAGCAGGUCGGCACCCUUCAUUGCAGGGAUCUGUUGAAACUGGGCAACUCGGACCUUCAUGCAGUCUCGCUUGUGCAUGCAAAGAUAAGAUGAGCAAUCUAGCUAACUACGGUGAUGGCAGAGUUACCAAUGUUAAUAGUUGUAACCAUAGCAACAAUGAGUGGGCUGGAGGGAUUUCUGGUACAAGGGAGCACUGCAGUGAUGGGGAUGAUUUUGUGCUGGUGUUGGAUUGUUGCGAUCUUAUGGUGAAUAAAGUGGAGGAAGUGAAUGUUGUUGCUACAGCAGGUAUUGACAAAUUGAUCCGAAUAGACAUGAUCAAGCCAGAAGAUGGCAUUUAUUCUCACGGGCUGCAGAAUGAUCUCCAAAGUAGCAUAUUGGAUGCGAUUCUAGGUUUAGCAGCAGAAGACUGGCAGGAGCAACAUAAUUAUUACAUCCAGUGCAGCAAAGCACCUGGCUAUAGUGAGCUCCAGUUUCAAACUGACAUGUGGAGCCUGAAAAUAAAGAAACCAGGAGUACAAAGUCCUAAAGACUUUCCUCGAGUAUUAAGGAUCUGGUAUGAAACAAAGCCAGAAGGUGGUUCAGUGAAAUGGACGAAGGAUCAAGUUGGCAGACCGUGUGUAUAUACAGCAGGAUCCCCAAUAAACAACAGAGCAUUAUUUCCAUGUCAGGAACCUCCAGUAGCUAUGGCAACUUGGCAAGCAUCGAUUUGGGCCCCAAACGAUUCUUUGGUUCUAAUGAGCGGUGAAAAUUGUGCUGAACCCCAACAGGAUGGAGCACUUUCAAAAUGGUUUUAUUACGUAACCAUGUGUAUGCCAGCAUCUACUUUCACCCUUGCUGUUGGAUACUGGAUUGAAGUUAAACAUGAAUUUGUCUUUGAAUCCCAGUGGCAAAGUCCUUCAUCCUCAUCAUCAAGCUUUGUAAAAGAAAACUGCAGUGCCUCCAUGCCAGCCUGUGGUCAUUCAGCCUAUCCUUGCCGAUUCCGAAAUCCUGCUGCCCGAAAUCAAGAUUGUAUUCCUCACCGAGUCUUUGCUCCUGAUUGUCUGAGAUUAAGUAGUCAAGAGUUUCUGCUUCCUCUGUUAGCUCGGUGCCUUUCUGCGGCUCAUUGCAUUCUGGGCACUCACCCUUUCGGCAGAAUUGAUGUGUUAAUUGUUCCUGCUAGUUUCUCUAGUCUGGGAAUGGCCAGCCCACAUAUCAUCUUCCUAUCGCAAUCUGUUUUAUCCGGAGGAAACCAUCUCUGUGGUGUGCGUCUGAGCCAUGAAAUAGCCCACGCCUGGUUUGGAUUGGCUAUCGGUGCUCGUGAUUGGACUGAAGAAUGGAUAAGUGAAGGCUUUGCGACUUAUUUGGAGGAUGUGUUUUGGGCAAAUGCACAAAAGCUUGUACAGGAAGAAGCAAAGGAACAACAGCAGCUGAGAUCCUUACUGCGAUGGCGAAGGCUCAGAGAUGAAAUUCAGAACUCUGAAGAAGAGUUACAAGUACUCAGACCUAACAAGGAGAACACGGGUGAAGUGAGCAGCACUGGUGCAACGAUUGUCAAACAUGGUCGAAAUCCAGGAAAGAUCUUCAUGCAAGUUCAUUACUUAAAGGGUUAUUUUCUGCUUCAUUACCUUGAGAACCAAGUAGGACAAAAGGCUUUUCUUGAAUUUUUACGGCUAUUUGUGGAGAGAUUUCAUGGACAACUAAUUCUUUCUCAGGAUUUUCUGCACAUGUUUAUGGGGAAUUUUCCACAACUGAGAAGUCUGGGGCUGUCCACGGAAACUAUUUAUGAAAUAUGGCUAGAUGUAGCUGGAUUGCCAAAGCCCCUUUUGGAUGACGCUGUGAAGUGGACAGAAACUCGACUUGUCCGUGAAGUGAGGAAUGAGGUCACGAAAUGGGCAGGCAUCAAUCAAAGGUUCAGAAAAGGCUCCCGUAAAAGAAAGCGCCGCCGCAAGGACGAGAUGGCUUUCGGAGAGCUUUUGCCAGACCAACUGGUUUUGCUCCUGGAAUUUAUAUUGGAGAUGAAGUCCUUGUCUUCCCAAACACUGCAGAUGUUACAGAAGCAGUAUUGCCUAAGGGAGCAGGAUGCAGAGGUGCGCCAUCGUUGGUGUGAGCUGGUUAUUAAACACAAACACACCAUGGCAUACGGGGACCUGAUUAAUUUUUUGAAACAAGAUCAGGUUAACGCUGGAUAAUUUGAAACUACGGAGGAGCAAGAGGAGGCGGCGUUAGAAGAAUAUUAUUGCCACUUAUUACACCGCCUCUGGUAAUUGUUAGUAGAAAAGUGCACACUUGUGUCAAAGUUCAGAAUUAUAGUCGUAUUUCACAACAUAUGGGAGGCUUGCUGUAGUUCAGGAAAUUGUUAAUUUCCAAAAAUUGGAAAGUGCCUGUUGCUGACAAAAUGAAGACAGCCUGGCUAAUGCUGGAAUGAGAAAUGUUAGUGUUCAGUCCCUUUUACUGUACAAGGUAAAAAUGUCAGGCACUGUAAGUGAGCAAUAUAAACAACUCCAGUUUAUUCAAGGCAGACAGUAGGAAUGUGAAAGCAGCAUAGACUUCUAAUAGAUGUUUUUACAACCUGCAUCUGACAUUAAUUUAGCUAUAAGUUUCUUCAGACCAAUUUUGCUGACAGGUCCAUUCGGGUUCAGAAUUGCACUUACCAAGAUUAUUUAUAGCCAGGUUUGUUUUAUUUUAAUGUUUAUUAUGGAUAACAUCUUUCAGACUUUAUUACAAGCCAAUCUAUUAGUACAAAUGUUUGAACAUCUGCAAUAAAAUGGUUGAAGGAAU